AUGGCCCAGUCCCUGUGCCCGCCGCUCUCCGAGUCCUGGCUCCUCUCCCCGGGAUGGGGCCCCGCUCGGCCUCCGCCGCCCUCCGACAGGGACUGCGGGUGCUCCCCGGCCUCGUCCCCGGACUCCUGGGGCAGCGUCCCGUCCGGCAGCCCGGAGCCGAGCCCCGGGCGGCCCGGCGCCCACGCGGCCCCCAGAGCCCGGAGCGCGGGGAGGCGAGGCGCCCGGGGCAGCCGCCUGGGCUCGGGGCAGCGGCAGAGCGCCAGCGAGCGCGAGAAGCUGCGCAUGCGCACCCUCGCCCGCGCCCUGCACGAGCUGCGCCGCUUCCUGCCGCCGUCCGUGGCGCCCGCCGGCCAGAGCCUCACCAAGAUCGAGACGCUGCGCCUGGCCAUCCGCUACAUCGGCCACCUGUCGGCCGUGCUGGGCCUCAGCGAGGAGAGCCUGCAGCAGCAGCAGCGGCGGCGGCGGCGCAGCGACGCGGCGACCCCUCGGGGCUGCCCGCUGUGCCCCGACGGCGGCCCCGCGCAGGCGCAGACGCAGGUGCAGGCGCAGGUGGCGGCGCGCGCCCCGGUCGUGGGCUCCGCCGCGACGUGGGGGUCCUCGCCCGCCUGUCCCGCAGCACUGGGGGCCCCCGAGCCUCGAGACCCGCCGGUGCUCUACGAACAGGCGGCGUGUCCGGAAUCGCAGACAAUGGAGCUGGACCCCUCGUCUCCGCUCUUUCCUGGCGACGUGCUGGCCCUGCUGGAGACCUGGAUGCCCCUUUCGCCGCCGGAGUGGCCGCCCGCCUGA